UAGUCUGAGCUAUUGUUAAAAAGGGCCCCGUCUAUUCUCAAGGUAAAUGGACCAAUCAUUUGUUAAAUAGACAACUACACGUAACAGGUGUCAAUCAAUUAUUGGUGUUUGAACUGGGGUUGGAUCUCAAGAUCGUGCGUGGUUCCCAUCCGACAUUUUUGCAGAGUUGUUCCACCAGCUGACAGCAAAUAUAUGGAAGAUAAACUUCAAGAAUUCGCACACGGAAGGGACUGUAACCUGAUUAGAUCAUACACUGUGGUCGCGAUAUUGGAGUUAAUGGCGAACUAUUAGAACUUCCUAGUGAAUCUAGAUUUUUAUCCUUGAAUUCAAGGUUAAAUCGAAAAAAAUAUUCUCGCCUUUACCGGCGAGGAUGGAAAAAUCUGAACCAAAGAGCAUGGAUUGUUUUGCGGCCUCUGCAGAAGCAGAGAGAGACAAGUUGCUAAGUUUGUUUAAUACCUCGAUACUGAGAGAUCUUUUUAUGGCCAAAAAUUUCCCUAUCAGUGAAGAAGAUGACCAAGAUGGCACUAAAACAGAACCUCAGUCUCCCACCAGCUGCUGUCAUAUAUUUGAGAAUCUGGGGCUGGAAGGGGAGGAUGUUGAGAUCAGGGUGGACUUUCCUGAUCUGAAGCUCGUCUACCACAAGACACAGUCCCGUGCUAACCGUCAAUCCAGACAACGAGUCGUGAAAGGAAAGAUCAAGGUGCGUGUGCUCACUCAAGGUCAUCAGGUGCAGACCAUUGAGGUUUACGUCGAGAGAACUCCCAAUGCCGCACUCCUGGUUGGAGAUAAAUGCGGCAGAGUGUACCUCAAGUCCCAGCCAGGACCCUACUUUCCAAAUAAGUAUUACUUCACGGUUGAUUUGGACUCUGUUUACGAGUCUCCAACGAGGCAUGGCGUUCCUGUGUACAAGCUGUCUACAGUGGACGCAGAGAGACGAAAUAAUUUCCGUUUGGUGGUUGUGGUAGUACUAAUCGGUGAUCACCGCAGUAAGGAGUUCAUCAGUCGACCGUUUCGUCUGCGUAGUAAAACAAAUGGCAGGUUCAGAAGCUUGUCAUUAUAGAUCAUCUAGUUAUGUGCUAAUCUGUAAAUCUCUGGCUGCACUGAUAAUUUUAUGUGAAUUCUUCAAGAAAUUCAGGUGCUAUUUUAGCUCUCUGCCAUGAGCUGUAGGAUCGCAACCCCAGCAUACUUUGAAUUUCUUAUAGACUACAGGGAACAAUUGAUACCUAUUUUGUCAUUAACAAACCUUUUGGUUAAAAAUCAGAGUGCAGCCAGAGAUUUAUGGAUCACAUAAAAGUAUUAUCCGUCGAGAAACAAGUCUGUCUUACCGGUUUUCAUGAACUGGUUGAGGUGUACGUUAGAUAUUAUAUAUCGGCUUAUAUUAAGUUGCAAUGAGGUCCACAGAAAAUGAUUGAACUUUUCAUGUGCUUGUACCUGAAAAGUGAAAAGAACUCUAGUAAAUAUUCUGUCUAACAAAAUCAGAACUUCUCCAGAAUAACUACCGUCGUUUGAGUUACAUUGAAUCUCAUUCGAAAUCAAGGUUUGCUCAGGCCUUGCUUCUACAAUAGGAAUGAAAAUAUUAAGGAGCUACUUUACGAUCGCAUAAGCCAUUUUGCAUCUCGCAGAGAUACCAGAAACUAAAAGCAAGCCCCAAAAAAAAUACUCAUAAAGUUGAAAUCUCCAAAAGGGGAAAUGUGAUAAAUUUAAAAGGACCAGAGAUGACACUGAAAGGAUGGAAGAGAUUAAAAUGAAUUGUGAACUAAAAAAUUGAAGAAUGCAGACUUAAGUUUUCAAGGAGCAGAUAUUGUGACCUCUCUUCGGGGAAAGUGCGAGAUUGGAAAGAAGUAUUUUUGAGGCUGUGAACACUUGCUGUUCUUGAAGAUCAAAUUGAAUUGUAAUUUUAAGGCGCUCAAAGUAUUAAUUAAUUAUCUCUUUCGAGGAGUAAACGAGAUUGCAAGGAAGUCGUUUUGAAGGUUGUGAACAUAUAUGCUACUUGAAUUAAGCAACAAGAUUCUCCUCUUCGAAUGUUUUAUUUGUGGUUUUUGACGUUAUUCCUAACGGUAUAGUUAGUUACUUGCGUCACUCUAUAGAGCAACAAAGAUUUUAAAAAAUUACGUAGUUACAGAGUAGGUAUAAGCACAUGGAAAGUUCGACAUUUAAGGAUCCAAUGCCUUUUUUCCGAAGACUACUGCUGUGCAGUGCAUUUUUGCGUCUAAUGAUUAUCGAGCCAAGUUUGAUUUCUUUGGUGAUUAGUUGUUUGCAAUUUAGGACUAUGGAUUAAGAGUAACUAUCUUGUCAUUUUUUGAGGUCUAGUUAUGGAUAAUUUUUCCUCUCCCAAGACAUAAAGUUUUGGAAAAGUUUAGGUACUACCAUAUCAGUAAGCAACCUAUAUAGCAUAAACCUUUUUAUAAUUAUUGAAAUGUUCUAGUGUAGCUUUAAUACCUGCUGAUCACUCCAGCUAUGCCCCUCUAAGUCAUGAGUAAUCAUUAUAGUGUAGUUUUCCUGUAUCCAUUUAGAGCAUUUUUCAAUCGAGUGUCGAAAGGAGCACGGUAUUGCUAUGCUUUUACUUAACUUUGCCCUGUGAUUCGUACAAAAAACUUGGUCAUCCUCUCAACUAAUCAGAUUCAAAGCUCAAAACAAUUGCAGCCUGGUAACUCGCGUGUUCCCGCGCUUCAAGCAAGUUUUCCAGUUUGAGUUCUCAUUGGCUUAGUACUUUGGAAACCUUUGUUCUGAUUGGUCCCUGGGACUGCUAUAGUUUUAGUUUUUCGACGUUCCACUUAAAACUGCUCUAAUUACGUUAUUAGGAUCAAGUAUUUUACGCGCUUCGUAUGCGAAACAGAUAAUUGUCUAGCAAUAAUACCCCAUGCAUAUUUCAUGGUCUUUUGCCUUCAGCUUCAAUAGGAUUACAAUCACUUAAUUGAACUGUGGAAGGACGUUAUGCGAGCGAUGUCAAUCUCUAGACUCUUCACGCCCUUUUCUAAAGAAAAUGCUUGUUUUUUACUUUUUGCCAAAUAAAAUCUUUUAAAUUUUA